AUGCCUUGUAAAUGUCAUUUUAUUAUUAUCUUCAAAUUAAAAUUUGUACCCGUAAAAUCUAAUGCGGAGUCCGUAGUCUAUCUCAAUGCUGCCACUGACCAUGAUAUCACUAUGGCAGGCAUAAUGUUAAAGACACACAAACCAAAAAGACCAAAACCUAUUCGAUCAAGAGUAAUAGUUGACAUAGACUCAAUAAGAUCAGAGCUGGAAGGAACGGACUGGUCAACAGUAAUAAACUGCAGCUCUCUUGAAGAGUCUGUAACUCAUUUUACUAAGACGGUAUCAGAGGCAAUAUUGAGAUAUUCAAAAACUUGUGUAAUAAGCCGCUCCAGAACUACCUUACACCCCUGGAUGACUCCUGGUUUAAUCAGAUGCUCUAAACACCGCGAUAAGCUUCAUAUAGAAUAUCGCAAGGACCCAAACAACCCAACUAAAAAACUUAUAUAUACGCGCUAUAGAAAAUUUUACAUAGAUCUAAUUAGAAGACUAAAACGUGAUUACAACAAAAAAGAAAUAAUCAAAAAUAAAUAUGCUCCAAAAAAACUCUGGGGUACUAUUAACCGCAUAACUGGCAAAGACACUAGCUCAAGUUCUAACCUGGCUCUCAUCAACUCAAGACCCUCCGUAAAAGAGUCUCUCAAUGUUUGCAACUCCUACUUUGCUUCUGUAGGUAAUAAGCUGGCAAACUCUAUCAUGCUGAAAUUAAAUGAGACUCAAGAGUCCCUUGCCGAAAAAGUACACAUUCCUGAUCAACCCGUUGGUUCAUUUUUCAUGAAUCCUACAGAUGAACUGGAAGUUUUGGGUCUUAUCCGGUCUCUUGAUUCAGGUAGUGCGCCUGGUAUGGACGGCAUCACUAACAAACUUUUAAAAUCAGUGGCCCACACAAUCGCGGAGCCCCCUGGCUGCGAUAUUUAA